ACUCGGCCUUGACCGUUAGCGGGCUCUGCCCUCCCACAAAGUCCUCUGGAGCGAGAGUCGGCAGGCAAAGCAACGAAUCCCAGCAGCUUCCCGAUCGCGACACGACGUUGAUCGAAACCGCACAAAUACCUCUUCUGCCGCCCUUGCCCCCACUCUCCCCUAUUUGGCGCCUACCCGUUCCGCACGGAGGCAAGCCAAGAUGAGGGAAGCCAACUUCAGCAUACCCAAUGUCAACAAGGCAUCCGUGGGCAUCACCACCGCCUUGUAUGACCGGCGAGCCCUCGACUGCACAUCGACGCUUCCAUUGAUCAAUUCCCUAAACCAUCUCGCCUACCUCACCACAUCCUCGGCUAGAAUCCGCGACAUACUUACCGUCGAUGGCGGCAUCGAAAGAUUAGUCUGCAUCCUAAAGGAAGGCCGGAGCAAGGACAUGAUGGAUAUGUGGAAAUGGAACCUGGCCUUUCAAUGCGUGGUAAACAUCGGAGUUAGGGGCACAGAAGCCGUCCGGACCCGCGUGGUCGAGGCCGAUAUGGUUCCAGUCAUUGCAACCAUCCUCGACAACUACAUCAAGGUCAUCGAGAAGGUGCGCGAGAAGGCAGAGGAAGCCAAGCAGAGGUCGGAUCCUCAUCGCCACCGGAUUGGAGGGAGCAGCCGCGUUCACAAGUCGUCGAGUUUCUCUUCUCGCUCGGGGACUUUGGAUGUCGAUCAAAGAACUUUCCGCAGGCAGGCGCCUCCCCCGUCAAUCGACGUGUCUGCCGCACUGGCCGGGCCAUCCACGGCAGCAGCCAGCCGUUCCGCUGCCGAUCCAACGCCGACAGCUCCGCAGUUCCAGGUAACCCCUCCAGCGGACCGAACCCCUCUGACCGCCCACCGACACCAUCAUCAUCAUCACCAUCAUGCCGUUACCUCUCCGGGGCCUCAGACCGCGCCACUCGCUCCGGUCGUCCCCUCUAUGGAUGCCGCCGAUGGCCUUGCCAGAACUAUCCGGGACACCGAUCGUCUUGGUAGCAUGCUUCCAUUUUCUCGAUCUGCUGCUGUCACCUCCCAGCCAGCUUCUCCUACCACACCUUUACCGCCCCCACAACUUCGCUCCCCCACGGUACGACCGACCUCUAUGCUCACUGCCGCGGCUCGGCCUCCGAGGCGGCCUUCGAUUCGCCAUCAACACUCAACCGGCGCCGAGACGGAUGACAUGAACGCUGAGAGCAUCGCUUCCGACGAGUCGCCCGACGCUGAGAUGUCGGGUACGAAUGAUAUGCAGUCAGAUGUAAAUGUCCAGGAUGUUGCAGUGGAAGAUGGAGACAGCAUCAUGGCAUCCGGUACUCUCGACCUGACAACCCCCACAGCGUCCGAGACCCAGGACGCCGGAACCUUCAACAUUACCCAUCAGGGUCCAGUUGACGGCAGUGCCAACACCAACAACACACGGACACCUGUGCCGGCUAUGGGCCUGUCGCCGAACCGGCCAACUCUGGUGGCCCCGCCUCAACCAGCCAUGCCCAACGCGAGCGUUCCGCGCUACCUGCUCGAUCGCCAAUUCAGCCCGAACCCGCAGGUGCUUGCCGCUAUGCCGCGGGAAGAAGACGUCCUGAUGUCUCUGCAGCUUCUGGCGUACGUCUCCAAAUACUGCAAUCUUAGAAAGUAUUUCCAAAAGAGCCAUCUGGUUCCUAGGCUCAAAAUCGGGAAGGAGAUUCGGCUCUUGGACGGCGGCGAUCCCGCCGCCAUCGAAGCGGAGCUGCAGCAGGAGGAGGAGGAGCUCGAAGAGGAAUACUGCCUACCAAAUGACCUGAACAUCUUCCCGCUGGUGGAGAAGUUUACGGUUAGGUACCAUAGCACCGACAUGCAAUACUGGGCCGGGGUGGUUAUGAGGAACCUGUGCCGAAAGGACGACACGCGGGGAGGCAUCCGGCAGUGCGCUUACUACCAGUGCGGCAAGUGGGAGGAGUUUACCCGCCAAUUCGCAAAGUGCCGCCGCUGCCGCCGGACCAAGUACUGCAGCAAGGAGUGCCAGAAGAGCGCCUGGGCAUUUCACCGUCACUGGUGCAUUGCCGCGACGCAAUGAUGGAAGGAAUACGCUCUUCUCUGCAGUUGGGAUUGAUGGUCGUUCUCUUGAUACCCCCCGGUUUCUUUUCCGAGUCGUCCUCGCCGGGAUACAC